AUGGUUGCGCAAUCUUUCGACUGGGAUGAUCAAAUACAAGCUCUCAACUUAUCUGGACCAGAAAACGCACAUCUGGCACAGGUAAGGGAUGAUGUUCCAGUAGGGAUUGUAGCAGCUGAAGACAGUGUGAUAGAGCUACAGUUUGCAUUGAUGGUAUCCUCCUCUCAUGAACCUAAUUUGUCCAAGAGUAUCUCUGAAGAUGAAGACGAAGAAGUUGUGUACAAGCCUGUAUCUAAAUCCUCUGCUUCAUCGAAAGGGAAAUCUAAAGCUUCACUUGAGGGAGAGUCCUCUGGCUCGCAUAAGGGAGGAUCUUCUGCUGCAUCUGAGGGGGAUCCUUCCACUGCAUCUGAGGGGGAGCCUUCUGCUGCACCUGAGGGGGAGUCUUCUACAACAUCUUCAGGAGAGUCCUCUGCUACUCCUCAAGGGGGGCCGUUCUUGGAACAUGAGAGUCCUCAAUCAGUCUAUACUGAUUCUUCUGAUGCUGAAACGACACCUCACAUAUCUACAGAGAAAGAGUUCAUUCCAAAUGAUGCUUCCGCUAUGAGUAUAUCGCAGAACCUUCUGGUGCUGCUCAACUAG